GGCACAGUGUCCAGCACUGCUUCCUGUCUGCAGCUGCAAAAGCGGGCGGAGCGUGUUGCCGUGGCACUGAUAGAGAAGGGACGCCUCAACCCCGGAGAUCACGUAGCACUGGUUUACCCUCCAGGUAUUGACCUGAUCGCUACGUUCUAUGGGUGUCUGUACGCUGGCUGUGUUCCUGUCACCGUCAGACCCCCUCAUCCUCAGAACCUGGCCACCACCCUGCCCACCGUCAAGAUGAUUGUAGAGGUCAGUAAGUCGGUGUGCAUCCUGACCACCCAAGCAAUAAUGAAGCUGUUGAAGUCCAAAGAGGCUGCUGCUGCUGUGGAUGUCAAAUCAUGGCCGAUGGUACUGGACACAGACGACCUCCCCAGGACGAAGAGGCUUCAGGUCUACAAACCUCCCACCCCAGAGAUGCUGGCAUACCUGGACUUCAGUGUGUCCACCAUGGGCAUCCUGGCUGGAGUCAAGAUGUCCCAUGCUGCCACCAGUGCCUUGUGUCGCUCCAUCAAGCUGCAGUGUGAGCUGUACCCGUCCCGCCAGAUAGCCAUCUGUCUGGACCCCUACUGCGGCCUGGGCUUGGCUCUCUGGUGCCUCAGCAGUGUAUACUCUGGCCACCAGUCGAUCCUGGUUCCUCCUCUAGAGUUGGACAGUAAUGUUUCUCUGUGGUUGUCAGCUGUCAGCCAGUAUAAAGUCAGAAUCACAUUCUGCUCCUACUCGGUCAUGGAGAUGUGUACCAAGGGGCUGGGGACACAGACUGAGACACUACGGUUGCGUAACAUAAACCUGUCGUGUGUUAGGACCUGUAUGGUUGUAGCAGAGGAGCGUCCUCGUAUCACUCUGACCCAGUCCUUCUCUAAGAUCUUUAAAGACCUGGGUUUGUCUCCUCGAGCCGUCAGCACCACGUUUGGCUGCAGGGUCAACAUGGCCGUCUGUCUGCAG